AUGAGACUUGGACUGGUGACGGGAUUAGCUAUUUCUUCCACACUGGCGUGGGCCUAUGAGCCUCGGGUAUAUCUUUUGUCUACUCGGGGCAUGCUUAAUGGCAACCGUGCAGGAUCAUCGGCACCACCUUCCCUCACGUUACCGCAAACCAACAAGGUGCUUGCAAACCAUCUGGGGCUUGAUAUAUACGAGAGCCUGGAGGACUAUGGGGAAGGCAAGGAAUGGCAGAAGAUGCUCAAGAGUGGGAUAGACUCCCUGCUUGACGGCGACGAAGCGCCAAAGAACACGAUGAUGCUGGUGCUAUAUACCGACAGGCCUCAAGACCUUGCAGCUAUGCCAACAUUUGACUAUUUCCCUGAACAACCCAGCUUCUAUAUUAACUCCACACUGUCACGACGCGAUAUCUCUGCGUUACUCUCCAACUACGCUGCUCACGCUCGCGAGAACUUUGCCACCAUUCCCAAGGGACUGGACUGGAAUACCGAUUCCGACUUCACUUCCAAAUUCAAUGCGGACGAUAUCAUUCAAACCUUCAAAGUGCCAGGCAAAUCGGCUGAACUUUUCCUCGAUGAGAUCAUGGCUAUCCAGUACUUCAAGCAUGGCUCUUGGUCAAAGAACGCCGAGGCGUCCAAUUUUGCGACGUUUGAGAUCACCGCUCUUGAUCUUUUGGCUGAAGAAUACGGCCGUGACAGUGAGCAGUACCGCAAGGCUGUCGAUGUCAUCGAGUGGCUUAGUAUCCUCGGGUGGCACGAGGGCGAAACAUACAGUCUCAUCGUCACACCUAAAACUGAGCCUGAAGGGCACUCGUACCAUCAGGCACGCAAUAUUGCUGCACCUAUUGAACGUCGCGCACCCGUCUCGGGCAGCGUUCCUAUCUACUCUUGCUUCAAGAGCGCCGAUACUUGCAGCAACGCAACUUCGGCCUGCUCUGGACGUGGCUCUUGUGUUCCUGUCUCGCGUGCAGGAAGGACGUGCUUUACGUGCAAGUGUGAACCAAGCAGGUCCCAAGAUGGUAUGACUACUACCUACUGGGCUGGUCAAAAAUGCGAGCGUAAAGAUGUCAGCUCUGCGUUCGUUCUCCUGACCGGUACCGUGGUCGGGGUACUCGUCAUCGCCUUUGGCUCAGUGGCGUUGCUGUAUGGCGUUGGGGACGAGAAGUUGCCCGGAACUUUGACUGGUGGUGCUGUUCAUGGGACGAAACACGAUUAG